CCCUUCAUAUCCUAUUCCCAUUCUUUCCCAACCAUUCUCUCUGUUCAUUUCCGCGUAUUCCGCUCCAUCUUUUCACUCUCUCUGUCUCUUACUCUUUGUUUUGCUAAAAAGCCUGCACACCCUCUUUCUGUCUGAUACAAGUUGGAGCGGAGCGCUCAGUGAACCCAAAAUUGCUCAUUUCCUGGCUCUAAAGCAAUUCAUGAAGCAGCUAAUCCGCCGCCUCUCUCGAGUCGCCGACUCUUCCCAGUACAGCCUUCUGCGUUCCGAUUCACAGUCCCGCAGAUGCUCCGCUUCGAGGUCGGCGCGCAGAGCGGAGUCCUUUCGGUGUUUGGUGAAGCCGGCCCGGCGUGCCGGUGGAGGAAAGUCCGUGCCUGAGGGUCAUGUGCCUGUGUACGUCGGAGACGAGAUGGAGCGGUUUGUGGUGAGCGCAGAGCUGCUGAACCACCCGAUCUUCAUCGAGCUUCUUAACAGGUCUGCUCAGGAGUACGGCUACGAUCAAAAAGGAGUGUUGAGGAUUCCUUGUCACGUGCUGGUUUUUGAGCAAAUCAUGGAAGCGCUUCGACUCGGCCUUGAGUCACGUGACCUGGAAGACCUCCUGGGUUCAUUAUUCACCGAUGACUACUUGUAAAAAUUAGUCCUUGAUUUCUCUUUCUUUUUUGGGGAGAUCCUUGAUUUAUAUAUACAGAGGAAAAUCAAGAGAUCUUUUUAGUUUUGUUUUUCUGCUGUAAAUAUGCUUUUUGUGUUAUGAUGAAUGAUCAGAGUCACCUGAAGUUUAAAAGA